AUGGGGGUGUCCCCUAGUUGGCUGCUGAUCCUGGACACGGUGAUCGUGGCGGACCCCAGCGACCUGGCGCCGCUCGCGGCCUCGGAGGCGCGCGUGCUGCUGCUCUACUCGACGCGGGAGGAGGCCAUCCGCAUCCUGGCCGAGGCCGAGCGCCUCAAGCUCACCGGGGACAACUACCUGUGGAUCGCCACGCAGAGCGUCUUAGGCAACCGACAGGAGGCGCCGGCGCAGCUGCCCGUGGGGAUGCUGGUUAUCGCUCCAAAAAUUCAAAUUAAUUUUGCUUUAUGCCUUGCACGUUCUCUCAAACUCAAGAGCUCCAGAGGAAUGGCACAAGAGUCCUGCACGCAUGGCAAAACAAAGCCCAUGGGUGAUUAA